AAGAUCAUGCAUGGCAGCAGCGCAAUCUUUAUAGCAAUCAGAGGAUCUAGGAAGCCCAGGCAGAAUCAAGAUCAACUAGUACUAAACUCUUAUUAAGAGCCUCUCUAGCGUCAACCAUCCGGCGAGAAUGGUGGUGUCGUCGGGCGAGCUGAGGGCGCUGUUCGCGUCGCUCGACAGGGACGCGGACGGCCGGAUCUCGGCGGCGGAGCUUCCGGGGUGCAUGCGGGCGACGCUGGGCGAAGACGUGCCGGCGGAGGAGGCCGAUGCCCUGGUGGCGUCGGCGGAUGCGGACGGCGACGGGCUGCUGUGCGAGGCCGAGUUCCUCGAGCUGGCGCAGCAGGCGUCCUGGGCGGGCGACGCGGGGGAGGAGGACGACGAGCUGAGGAUCCGGGCGCUGAGGGAGGCGUUCGGGAUGUACGAGAUGGAGGGGCAGGGGUGCAUCACGCCGGCCAGCCUGGGGCGGAUGCUCGGUAGGCUCGGCGCUGAGCGGGGCGCCGGCGAGUGCCACGCCAUGAUCUGCCGGUUCGACCUGGACGGCGACGGCGUGCUGAGCUUCGACGAGUUCAAGAUCAUGAUGAGCUAGGGACCUCGCGCCUGGAACCAAUGAUAUAUCAGUUCCAUCUUGCAUAUAGCUUCUUCGCUCGUUCGUUCAUUCAUUCGAUUGUUAUAUGGUACUAGUACAAACUACAAAGUUGUAAUGGUGAUGCACAGACAGUAAUUGAUCUAUGUGAAUAUCUUUGGUCUC